AUGGAGUCACAGGAGCCGCGGGGCAUAGGCAGGUCCGGCCCCCGAAGAAAGACCGGCUGUAUGACCUGUCGACGCCGCAAGGUACGAUGUGACGAAGCGAAACCGGUCUGCUCACAUUGCACCCGAUUAAGAAUUCAGUGCGUAUAUAAUUCUCCGUCGGAGACACCGCGGCGACGAACUGCAAGACGAACUACCCCAGCAACGCACAGAGCUACACCCGCAUAUACUCCUCCGACAGCACCAGAAGCAGAGGCAACACUUCUCGACACAGCGACGCAUGAGCACGAGCGAAGGACUGAAGGCUUGUUUCAAUCUCUGGGAGGACUGGACGCAUACAGCCCGAAUUUCUCUGCUGGAUUCGAUGUACAUGAGUUCAUUGGGGGGAUUACGUUAGAGUUGGAGCAGAAACAACAGGGCUUGAGCGAUGAGGCGCUGAACCAGGGUACUAUAUUAAAUACACUUGUUUUCCCUUCAGAGGUAUUUGGCAAUGGUGGAGAGAGCUACACAAGCUCAACUGCAAAUGUACCAUCUUUGGUCAGUGAUACGCGACGCGGCAGUUCUCCUAGUCCUUGCAAUGCGAGUCCGUGUGCCGAAGCUAUCGACCUGCCAACUGGAAUAUGGUCCUCAGCAAAGUCUGAAUAUGAAGAGCAUCUUGUGCGACACUUCGAAUCCAUCGAGUCUCUCCCUGCCAUUUUCGUCCCUUUGGGUGCUGAAUGGAAGUUUGCGAGACCGGCGAUUCUAGCACUCGCCAAGGGAUUCAGCCCCUUAAUGAACGCUAUUUACUGCUUCUCAGAAGUUCACAAGUCACGCCAGGAUGAAAGAGCAUGGAGAUGGGCCCCAUCUUAUUACGCACUCGCGAGCGCUGAGGUUCAGUCACGCAUGAUGGACGAUAUAGACGGUAGCACUCUCAGGAAAACAUUUGCUGCUGUCUUCUUGCUUAUGUUGUCUGAACUGCUCUCGACUUCGGACCUUGGAAGGCCGGGUCAUUCCUUCCUCCAUUCGGCAUAUCUCUUGCUGAAGAAAUUCUACUGCAAGACCAAAUCGUGGAAGGGCCUUGGUCAUCUCUUAGUUUCUUGGAUUUCGCUAUUCGAUGUGAAAUCUCUCAUCGCAGGCAGGGAAGGAGACCCUCUCGUCGAACUGGGUGAUCUAUCAUCCUCCGAUAUCGACUCCGAACAAGUGAGUCCAGUGGUGGACCAACAGAUGACAGCAGCAGAAAAUGAAAUCGACAAAUCUAUAUCGAGUCCGGGUUACCUAAUCUACGAUGCAAUCGUAGGCCCCGCUUUCACCUUUUUCGUCAAAGCCCAGCAAGUCAUACGGCGUAUCGUCCGUAUCGACCUUCAUCAUCGCAGCCGCGGCACCCUGAAUGACGAAUUUGAGGUCCUCCAAAUAGCACAUAAGGUCGGAGCUGAUCUGGAAUCUCUCUGGAGCUCGCGACCCCCAGUGUUGGAUCUUUACGAUAAACCUGACGAUCUCUGCGAUACACUGUCUGGUUCUCUUGCUACGGAGAUAUGCAGGACAUUCAGGCAGUAUGUUGCCAACUUUCUCGCCAACUUCAUCUACCUACAUCGUGUGGCUUUUGCCAUCUAUCCACGAACAGAUCGAGUAAGAAGUGCCGUGGACAAGAUUAUCCGUCUGGCAACCGUUGAGCUGGGCAAUUCCCGGUUCUUGCCUGUCAGCCUUCUGUGGCCUCUCUUCAUUGCGGGUCUGGAAGGGACACUGCCCCAGCGUCAGUGGAUCAUCAACGAGAUCCGGCGCAUGGCUGACAGUGAUAGCGAGAUUACCUCGCGGCACCCUAACGCAGAAAAGGCCCUGCUGCUUCUGGGUGAGAUGACGCGCCGGCAGGAUGAGUCGAAAGCGUUGGCCGAUUCUCGAUGCGUCAGAAGAGAGAUGUUUCCAGACUUCUUCAUUAUGAUAUGA